ACGUUUCUUCACUCCAAAUGAUGGCAACUAAAUUUUGUUUUGUCGCAAUUUUUCUCAUUUCGAUUGCUAGCACAUCGCAAAUGACUUCGGCAUGGUGGGACAAUAUAUGUACUCCUGGUGAUACGUAUGUAGAGAGGAAUUACGUAAGGACCCCUCCGCCGCCUUGCAGUACUUGCAAAACUUGGUGCCAAGGCCAAUGCUCAGGUAUCAAAGGUUCAAUGGUUCGGGACGAGUGUUCAAGACAAAAUACGUAUCUUAAUUGUCAAUGUUGCUGCAAAAAACCACCACCAUCAACCUCCUCUCCUCCGACCCCUUCCCUGCCUCCAGCUACUUCAACUCCACCCCCUUUCUCGAAUAGCAAGAAAACCCCCAAGGAAAUAUGUACUAAGGGACAACAGUACCAACUCAUAACACGACCAGAUGGCGUACAGUGUAGUCUCCAACCUAUUUGUGAGAAAAAUUGUAAGGGGAAAGGUCGUCUCAGUGCAGGAUCACAGUGCAUCGGAACCUAUGGUGAUCGUAUUGCGCGUUUUACUUGGAUGGAGCAAUGUUGUUGUGGAAAUGCAAUUCCUCCACCCCCACCUCCAUCCCCAUCGCCGCCUCCCCCUUCCCCACCACCCUCACCUCCUCCUCCAUCCCCACCACCACCACCAAAAAAUAUUUGCGAACCUGGACACAUAUAUGAGUGGUAUCGAUGUGGCCCUACACUUGAUUGCGGCUGUUGUUUCGAUGGGUGUAAAAGAAAAUGUGCCGCAAAGAAUAGGGCGAUGACCGCUGAAAGCUGCAAGAGGUCGGAAAAACCCAAUAAUGUGGAUUGUGAAUGUUGUUGUGAUGACAAGAUAUUACCACCAUCCCCUCCACCCCCACCACCCUCACCUCCUCCUCCGUCUCCAUCACCACCGCCACCAUCCCCACCACCACCACCAGCUAAUAUGUGCGGACCUGAGGAGGUAUACAAAAAGGCUACAUGGGGACCCACACAAGAUUGCACUACUUGUACAAAUUGGUGUAAGAGUGAAUGUGCUGGAAUGAAUAGUUUAGUGGUUGCGCAAACGUGCAAAACAAACCCACCAGGAACUAUGAAUUUCAGGUGUGAAUGCUGCUGCAAAAAACUGCCCCCCUCUCCACCACCACCCUCGCCUCCUCCUCCAUCCCCAUCGCCGCCUCCCCCUUCCCCACCACCACCCUCACCUCCUCCUUCCUCGCCACCACCACCACCACCCUCACCCCCACCUCCAUCUCCGUCCCCCCCUCCACCGACAGCUCCAAUAGACAUAUGCAAAGCCGGGGAGGAUUUUAUACCAAACCCCGUAACCAGCUGCAGCGUUUGUACACGUGAUUAUUGUCAAAGUCAGUGUUCGGAAAGGGGAGCUUCAUUGGCGAGAAUGGGGUGCGCCCCUACUCAACUACUGUGCAAGUGUUGCUGCAAGAGCAUUACCUUGGCAUCAUCCUCAUUAUUCACAGCAAUUCAAGGAAUAAUGUUCUAGUGGAGCGCAAAUGUACAAUUAUUAGCUAGCUGCAGCUAAUACUGCUUUUCAUAUCAAGUUAUUUAAUAAGCAGCAUGGACUUCAUUUUCUAUUUUAGGCAUCUAGGAAGUAAGUGUACUUCUCAUCUUGGAUACAUAUAUGUGUAUUUGUGAUGAUAUUGGUUUCUUUGAGCCAGCUUUCUUUGAAUUCACAAAAACUAAAUUUUUCCUUUU